UUUCCCAAGAUGGAUCAAUGGAGAUGCCAGAAUGCUUGCCAUCUGAGCGUAUCUGUCUCCAGGUCCAGUUUACUCUUUGGGAGGAUGGUGGCAGAGCAUGGGCUCUGUGUAAGGAAAAUGUUAUAGUAGUGCUAAAGUAGUCAUUAACAUUUUUCUGUGGUAACUGGUUCACUUUCCAUUUCCUCUCCAUUUUCCGUUAAAACAAGCAGGGCCCAGGAAAAUGAUGUGGUUUCUCCUUUUUAUGUUACAAAUAACAUGCAAGUUCUAGAGGGAUGAAGCAACCUUUCAAUGCCACACACCACUUUGUCUAAGUCAGUUGAGGAAGGGAAGUAGAUAUGUUGGAGCUUAGUGGGAGAGCAGCUAAAAUCCUGAGAGAAGAGAAUAACUUUAGCUCAGAGCAGGUGGGGAAAUGAGAGACUGAGUAGGAGGCCGAAGGUUGAGUGAAGCAGAUCUUCUUAGUUGCUAUCAGUGGCUGGUGGGGAAGAUUGUCUGUUGGUAGAAGGAAGUCAGAAUACAGAUACAGAGGAAUAAGUUUGCUAAGAACAGCAACAUCUUUUCUGAGAGAAAGAAACAUCUGCAAAGGACAUGCUGUUUCUGCAGUUUCCGCUGCUAGCUGUUCUCCCAGGUGGUGACAAUGCAGCAGCCCAGGAACACGUCUCAUUCUAUACUAUCCAGAUCUUAUCAUUUGCCAACCAAUCCUGGGCACAAAGUCAGGGUUCAGGAUGGUUGGAUGAGUUGCAGACUCAUGGCUGGGACAGUGAAUCAGGCAGAAUAAUUUUCCUGCACACCUGGUCCAAGAGCAACUUCAGCAACGAAGAGUUGUCAGACCUAGAGUUGUUAUUUCGUGUCUACUUAUUUGGAUUAACUCGGGAGAUUCAAGACCAUGCCAGUCAAGAUUACUCAAAAUAUCCCUUUGAAGUACAGGUGAAAGCAGGCUGUGAACUGCAUUCUGGAAAGAGCCCAAAAGGCUUCUUUUGGGUAGCUUUCAACGGAUCAGAUUUACUGAGUUUCCAAAAUACAACAUGGGUGCCAUCUCCAGACGGUGGGAGUUUGGCCCCAGGUGUCUGUCAUCUACUCAAUCAUCAGUAUGAAGGCAUCAAAGAAACAGUGUAUAAUCUCAUAAGAAGCACUUGCCCCCGAUUUUUGUUGGGUCUCCUGGAUGCAGGGAAGAUGUAUCUGCACAGGCAAGUGAGGCCAGAGGCCUGGCUGUCCAGUCACCGCAGUCUUGGGUCUGACCGUCUGUUGCUGGUUUGUCAUGCCUCCGGCUUCUACCCAAAGCCUGUUUGGGUGACAUGGAUGCGGAAUGAACAGGAGCAACUGGGCACUAAACACGGUGAUAUUCUUCCUAAUGCUGAUGGGACAUGGUAUCUUCAGGUGAUCUUGGAGGUGGCAUCUGAGGAGACUGCUGGCCUGUCUUGUCGAGUGAGACACAGCAGUCUAGGAGGCCAGGACAUCAUCCUCUACUGGGGACACCACUUUUCCAUGAAUUGGAUUGCCUUGAUAGUGCUGGUGCCCUUGGUGAUUCUAAUAGUCCUUGUGUUACGGUUUAAGAAGCACUGCUCAUAUCAAGACAUCCUGUGAGACUCUUCCCCGACUCCCCCAUUGUAAUAAGAACCCAGCAACCCAGGAGCCUAGUACAACAUAGUGAUGCCAUCCCGUCGACUCUCCAUUUAAAUGGUUUCUCUUUCUGCCUGAAAAACAUUUGUUAAUAUAAAUCAAAUUAUAAUUUAGAAUGGUUUUCUUGGAAUCUCCACUGUUUUAAGUAGCACUCAACCUUCAAAGCCCAUUUCUAAUGUCAUUUCCUCCAGCGAUCUUCCUUGACCCAUAAUGAACCCAGAGAGUCCCUCAACUGUUGUGUGCAUGCAGUACUUCCUACCCUGUGUUGCAGCUACUUGGGUCUUUCACUUCACAUUUUUAAGCUUUUUGGAGGCAAGGAUCAUGAUAAAUGUGCCUUUCCUGCAUAUGAUGUGCUCAGUGAAACACAAAACAAAACACCAUAUCUAAGUUGGAUUAACUGUCAUCUUGGCGAUUUUUCUCAUUAUAUUCCUUCCCCAUGUUGUUGUAGCAUUUGAAAUACUUAUGCUUCUCUUUUUGUUUAAAUGCUUCACACCUAGCAGAUAAGUUCCAUUCUCCUUUAGCUCCCUCAUUUUUUCCUUAAACAUUUAAGGAAAAGUGCAGCCUUGUGCCUGGAUACACUUAUUUUCUAAACACAGAGAAUUACAAAUGCAAAGAGAUAGACAGAGAGUGCAAGUUAUGUGUGAUGAUUAGUGGUCUGCAGUUAUGUCACAGAAUACUUAAGAAAGAGGAACGAGAAAGUUGGUCCUCAGGGUUGGAGUGGGAUCAAGGCAACUGUUGUGCUGUAUAUGCAAGACAAAUUUCCUAAAGCACUGUGCUAUCGGAGAUAGCCUUGGCUAAAGUUUAGUCUAUUUAGGUUUCAUUCACUAAUUCAACUAAUAUUUUUUUGGGUACUGAGUUGAGACAGGCACAUAUAGUUUCUAAACUGGUGGCAGAUAAAACAAAUGAGAUUGUGUCCACUCUCCUGAAGUUGCAAUGUUUGCUUCCUCAAUCUGUCCAUGAUUCUUUUAUAUUGUUUUCAUUUCUUUAUUUCUUUCAACAAUUUUUAAAUACAUUUUAUUGAUGUAUAAUUUAUAGUAAAAUUUGAGUCUUUAAGUAUACAGUUCCAUUUAUUUUGAUAAUUACAUAAGCCUAUGUAAAUAAAAUCACAAUUAAGAUAUUAAAUGUCAUAACCCCUCAUACAUGUUUGUAGUCAAGCACACCGCCAACCUGGCAUUCUUGCAACUACUGAUACACUUUAUGUCACUUAAGCUUAAACUUGUAUUUUCUAUGAUUUUAUUAAGAUAGAAAUAAACAUACCUACUUGGUA